AUGGCUACCAGAGAUCUUCCUCACUCGUUCUCCGACUUUGCCUUUGGCUGGUCGAAGCACUUGCCCCAAGAGAUCACAGUUACGAAGGCUUAUAAGCAGAAACAAGCCGAAAGAAGAGAGCGUGAUGCUCAAAUAUUGGCUGCCAGACGGCUCUCAGACUCGAGUUCUGGUCAUGAAGUUGACGGGGCUGGCAAAGUCGUUAAACCCACUCUGGAUAUCGACCCCAACUUACCUGUAUAUGAAGAGGUAGAUAAGGUCAAGAUGAAAAACUUGUGGCCCGCAUUCGCAUCAGGUGCGGGAUUGUUUUCCGAUGGUUACAUCAACAAUGGUAUGUCUGCCGUAAAUGCUUGUUUGACAAGAAUUUAUGGUAAGAAAUAUACCAACUCCAAUGCCAUGUCAAAUGUUUCCUCGAUUGCAUUCGUGGGUAUUGUCGUGGGUCAGUUAGGUUUUGGCUACAUUUCCGAUCGUGUUGCAAGAAAGGGUGGAAUGUUGACGGCUACAUUCAUGUUAAUCUUCUUCUCGUUGUUGUGCGCCGUUGGAACAUGGGGUGCUAACGGAAGUGCCGAGGGCUUAUUUGCAUCACUUACUGCCUUUAGAUUCUUCUUGGGUAUUGCUAUUGGUGCUGAAUAUCCAACUUCGUCUGUUAUUGCCUCGGAAUUUGCUAAUCAACUUCCAGCGGGAAGAAGAAACAGAUACUUCUGCUGGUUUACCAAUGCUAUGAUUGAUUUUGGAUACGUUGUCAGUGCUUUCGUUCCUUUGGUGUUGCUUUGGAUCUUUUCCACUCGUCACUUGACUGCCGUUUGGAGAUUAACUUUGGGUUUGGGUUGUAUUCCACCAUUAUCAUUGCUUUUCUUCAGAUUGAAACUCAAGGAUGGUGAAGCUUUCCAAAAAACUAACAUGAAGAGAGUCAAGAAAUACCCUUACUGGCUCAUCAUCAAAUUCUACUGGUUCCGUCUUACCAUUGUGUCGCUCAUUUGGUUCAUUUACGAUUUCUCCGUCUACGCUUUCGGAACUUACUCAACAAAUAUUCUUGCUACCUUGGUUCCACCUGGAGAUAUGUACAAGUCAUUUGGAUGGAACGUUGUCCUCAACUUGUUCUACAUGCCAGGUGCCUUCCUUGGUGCCCUUUCCGCUGAUUACAUUGGCCCACGUUUGACAAUUGCCAUUGGUGUUGGUCUCCAAGGUGUUAUUGGAUUCUGUAUGGCAGGUAAAUACGAAUCUUUGGCCCAUCCAGUCGGUGGUUUCGUUGUUGUCUUUGGAAUUUUCUACUCUCUUGGUGAGUUUGGACCAGGUGACAACUUGGGUCUCUUGGCCUCGAAGACUUCUGCUACCCCUGUUCGUGGACAAUAUUACGGUAUUGCUGCUGCUGUGGGAAAAAUCGGUGCCUUUGUUGGUACUUGGGUUUUCCCAGUUAUCCAGAGACAUCUUGGUGAAAUCAAGGGUCCAGUCUACAUUUCUUCUGGUUUGUGUUUCUUCUCAGCAUUCUUGGCUAUUUUCUUCUGUCCAUCUGUUAGUCAGGACUGUAUUGAAGAAGAAGAUCAAGCCUUCUUGGCAUAUCUCGAAUCGAAUGGAUAUGACAUUAGCCAGUUGGGUGACCCUGGAGUUGUUGAAGAUGUGGAAAGCAGUGCUUCCAACAUCUCCAGCCCCAACAAGGAAUCUGACAUUCAGGUCCAUGCUACCAAGAAGGAUAGCGCUUAG